AUGGAUGCAGAUGGAUCAGGUCCCAGUCUUGCUAUAGCUGCCGACGCGAUUUCAAGAAAAAGAGCUCUCAUAUGUCACAGUUGCUGGGUGAGAGCUGAUAGAAACGCCCAUCAUUUUGUAUCUGCACCUUCUGGAUCCUCAACAUCAGUAUAUGAAACAAGUGAACAAGAGGAAUUGACUUUGCAGUCUACUUCACAGGCUACUUUGCAGUCUACUUCACAGGAUACUUUGCAGUCUACUUCACAGGCUACUUUGCAGUCUACUUCACAGGCUACUUUGCAGUCUACUUCACAGGCUACUUUGCAGUCUACUUCACAGGAUACUUGGCAGUCUACUUCACAGGCUACUUUGCAGUCUACUUCACAAGCUACUUUGCAGUCUACUUCACAAGCUACUUUGCAGUCUACUUCACAGGCUACUUUGCAGUCUACUUCACAGGCUACAUUGCAGUCUACUUCACAGGCUACUUUGCAGUCUACUUCACAGGCUACUUUGCAGUCUACUUCACAGGCUACUUUGCAGUCUACUUCACAGGAUACUUGGCAGUCUACUUCACAGGCUACUUUGCAGUCUACUUCACAGGCUACUUUGCAGUCUACUUCACAGGCUACUUUGCAGUCUACUUCACAGGAUAAUUUGCAGUCUACUUCACAGGAUACUUUACAGUCUACUUCACAGGCUACUUUGCAGUCUACUUCACAGGAUACUUUGCAGUCUACUUCACAGGCUAUUUCAGAAGCUACACCCAGGCUGAGUGAAGCUAUAGUGUUACCUGACUAUGUAAGAGCAGUAGAAACUGAAUCUCGCUGUUUUAUUGAAGGUUGUCGGAGACAAGGGAGGAAUAGAGUUCCUGUUACAACUAGGAGAAUGUUGUUAGAUGUCUAUACUUCUAUGUCCAUAAAAACUAGAUUAUGCAACCACCACAUUAAUACGCAAUCUUGGGAUUUUCUCGCUGGAGCUUUAGAAAAUUAUGUUAAUGUGUUUACAGCAUUGCAUAUUCAAAACAUGCUAGAAUUAAAAAGUCACUCAAAUGUUGGCCUUGAUUUCAUCAAUAUUCUUAAUCUGGAAACAUUUAGUGCACCAUUGAGGUUAGGCUUUACGAAAGAGCAGUAUCAAAGGAUUUUAGAUGAAGUGCCACAAUUGCUGCAAAAGUCAUCGGGCCCUAUUGGGUUAGCAGCAUAUUUGAUAAAGCUGAGAACCGAGGUGAAAAAGCUGGGUUUAUUCGAGUAUAUUAUGAGUAUUGAUAACGCAAUGGGUCGCUCACCCCACACUCCGCGACUAAGAUGUGUUUAG